AUGAAGGAGGCAAGGGCAACGAUGGGGCUGUUCCAGGAUAGAGCCGUGUUCGCCACCACGGCCGGUGUGUUGAAAGAAAUCUUCCAGGUGGGCGGCAUCAUUCUGAAGCUGGUGCUGGGAAAACGGGAGAGCGAGGAGCUGAUCUAUAUGAAGGAGCAGUUCCAGGCCGUCAGGAACCAACUGGAUGUGAUUUCUGAUCAGAUCCGGCAGGUGUUGUGGGAGAUCGAGAGGAGCACGAUCAACAACCAGUACUUCCCCAUCGAGGAGAACCUCAAGAACCAGUUCCGCAAAUACAUGGACAUCCUGAGAUCAGCGCCCGAAUUCCGCGACAAGGAGCGAGACGAGUUCCUCGCCCACUUCGACGUGACCAAAGGCGACCAGAACCUGCACACGCUCUUCGACGCGGUCAUGGGCUUCCCCGCCGUCUUUGGGAAGCCCAUCCAGGAGACAGCCAUGAGCUACGACCAAAGGAACCGGCGCCUGAUGGAAAGCACGUGUGGCCGGCUGAAGGAGCUCUUCUGCAUCGGUCUGAUCGCUCUCCAGGGCCACGCCGCCGUCACCGGCAACGACGUGGAGGCGUUGAAGGAAGAGUGGAACCAGAAAUGGCACAAGUAG